UUACCCGGGUCGGGUUGGGGGAUUUUAUCAAAUUCCCAAAAGCGCCGUGCUCUCCCUCAAGGCCUCAAGCAGUUAGGUUUCUAUUUGCAAACGCAAAAGUGUAUAAAAUUUUCGAACACAAUCGAGUUCACUCUUCUCUGAAUUUCGGAAAACUCAGUGUGUGCUCUGAAUUUGGGGAUAGUUUCGGAACUUGAAGCAAAUUAACCAUGGCGAGGAGGCGUGACGAGGAGGAUGAUGAGGAGCUGGACCCGGAGGACGAUUACGAGGAUGUGAUGGAUGAUGAGGAAGAAGAGGAAGAAGAGGAGUAUGACGGCGGCGGAAAGGCCGGGAGGAAGCGCUCGAGAUCGGAUUUCAUCGAUGAUGCGGCGGAGGAAGAUGAUGAAGAUGAAGAAGAUGACGACGACGAUUAUGGAGGUCGUAAACGUAACAAGAAGAGGUCGGGGUCUCAUUUUUUUGAUCUCGAGGCAGCGGUUGAUAGCGAUGACGAUGAAGAAGAAGAAGACGGCGAAGACGACUUCAUCGUGGAUAAUGGAGCUGAUAUACCUGAUGAUUAUGAUUCAAGACAGAUUCAUCGCCGCCCAAUUCUCUCACGUGAGGACCAAGAGGAAGACUUUGAGGCACUUGAGAGAAGCAUCCAGGCUAGAUAUGCAAGGUCAAGUCAUGUGGAGUAUGAUGAGGAAGCUACUGAUGUAGAGCAGCAAGCACUUUUACCAUCUGUCAGAGAUCCGAAGUUAUGGAUGGUGAAAUGUGCGAUUGGUCGUGAGAGGGAGGUUGCUGUCUGUCUGAUGCAGAAAUGUAUUGACAGGGGACCAGAGUUGCAAAUUAGGUCUGUUAUUGCACUUGAUCAUCUUAAAAACUAUAUAUACAUUGAAGCAGACAAAGAGGCCCAUGUUAGGGAGGCAUGCAAGAAUAUGCGCAUGAUAUAUCCUGCAAAAAUAAUGCUUGUUCCAAUCAAAGAGAUGACUGAUGUCCUUUCGGUUGAAAGCAAAGCAGUUGAUCUUGCCAGGGAUACUUGGGUCAGAAUGAAGACUGGAACUUAUAAAGGCGACCUUGCAAAGGUUGUGGAUGUAGAUAAUGUAAGACAGAGAGUUACCGUGAAGUUAAUCCCAAGGAUUGACUUACAAGCUCUUGCAAACAAAUUGGAAGGGAGGGAAGUUCCAAAGAAAAAAGCAUUCAUUCCUCCCCCACGUUUUAUGAACAUAGAUGAGGCUCGAGAGAUGAAUCUACGUGUUGAGCGUAGGCGAAAUCCAAUGACAGGUGACUAUUUUGAGAAUAUUGGUGGCAUGAUGUUCAAAGAUGGAUUUUUAUAUAAAACAGUGGCUAUGAAAUCAAUUAGCACUCAGAAUAUUCAGCCAAGUUUUGAUGAACUUGAGAAAUUCCGUCAACCUGGUGAAAGUGGGGAUGGUGAUAUGGCCAGUUUGUCGACUCUAUUUGCGAAUAGGAAGAAAGGUCACUUUAUGAAGGGUGAUCGUGUGAUUGUCGUCAAAGGGGAUUUGAAGAACCUGAAAGGAUGGGUUGAGAAAGUAGAGGAAAAUACAGUUCACAUCAGACCAAAAGAAAAGAACCUUCCUAAAACACUUAGUGUUGGUGACAAGGAGCUUUGCAAGUACUUUGAACCUGGAAAUCACGUAAAAGUUGUAUCUGGUGCAUCUGAAGGUGCGACUGGUAUGGUUGUGUCUGUUGAGGGGCAUGUGGUGAACCUAGUGUCUGAUACUACUAAGGAGAUUAUACGUGUAUUUGCUGACACUGUUGUGGAAAGCUCUGAAGUAACAUCUGGUGCCACUCGAAUUGGGGACUAUGAGCUCCAUGACCUUGUGCUACUAGACGAUAAGAGUUUUGGUGUGAUUAUACGAGUAGAGAGUGAAGCUUUCCAGGUCCUUAAGGGGGUUCCGGAAAAAGCUGAGGUAGCACUUGUCAGGCUAAGGGAGAUAAAAGCCAAGGUUGACAAGAAAGGGAGUGCACAUGAUCGGUAUCAGAAUGCAUUAGCAGUGAAAGAUGUGGUCAAGGUUCUUGAGGGACCUUGCAAGGGAAAACAAGGGCCAGUGGAACACAUAUAUAGAGGAAUUGUGUUUAUUUACGACCGUCAUCACCUUGAGCAUGCUGGCUUUAUAUGUGCCAAAGUGCAAUCUUGUGUUUUGGUUGGUGGAUCAAGGUCAAAUGGUGAUAGAAAAGCUGAUCCCUUCUCAUCAAGGUUCGGGAACCUUAGAACCCCACCUCGUGUUCCACAAUCUCCAAUGAGAUCGUACAGGGGUGGUCCACCCAAAAAUUUUGGAGGAAGGCAUGGUGGCGGAAGAGGAGGACACGAUGCUUUAAUUGGUGCUGAUGUUAAAAUUCGCCUUGGGCCAUUCAAAGGUUGCAAAGGACGUGUUGUUGAUUUGAAAGGAACUUCAGUCCGUGUUGAAUUAGAAGCUCAAAUGAAAGUUGUUACAGUUGACCGUGGUCAUAUUAUGGAUAAUGUAAAUGUUAGAACACAAUUCAGGGAACCAUCUAGAUAUGGUUUUGGGAGUGAAACCCCAUCACAUCCUUCACGAACUCCACUCCAUCCCUUUAUGACUCCCAUGAGAGAUCCUGGAGCAACACCUAUCCAUGAUGGUAUGAGGACCCCAAUGCGGGACAGAGCAUGGAAUCCAAUGAGUCCACCUAGGGAUUCUUGGGAAGAUGGAAACCCUGCUUCUUGGGGAUCUAGUCCACAGUACCAGCCUCCAAGUCCUCGUUCAAGACCAUACGAGGCACCCACUCCUGGUUCUGGUUGGAAUAACUCUUCCACCAGCAGUUACAAUGACGCUGGAACUCCUAGAGAUAAUAGUUCGUCUUAUGCUAAUGCCCCAAGUCCUUACUUGCCUUCAACACCUGGUGGGCCGCCACCUAUGACCCCAAGUUCUGCAUACUUGCCUGGAACUCCCGGUGGGCAACCAAUGACUCCUGGUAGUCUGGAUAUGAUGUCACCUGUAGUAGGCGGAGAAGGUGAAGGGCCUUGGUUCUUGCCAGAUAUCGCAGUCAAUGUACGAAGGAGUGGGGAAGAUAGUCUUGUUGGUGUGAUACGUGAAGUUCUUGCGGAUGGUUCUUGUAGUGUUGCCCUUGGCUCAAGUGGUAACGGGGAAAUAAUCACUGCACUCCCUAGUGAAAUUGAUAUCAUCGUGCCAAGGAAGUCGGACAAAAUUAAGAUUAUGGGCGGUGCUCAGCGUGGGUCCACUGGGAAGCUUAUCGGUGUUGAUGGCACUGAUGGAAUUGUCAAGGUAGAUGAUACUCUUGAUGUUAAAAUAUUAGACAUGGUUAUUUUGGCUAAGUUAGCACUUUAGUUUCUGGCCAUUGCUAAUUGUUAUAACAGUGACCCGUGGCCGUGCUGAUUGCGAUUAUUUGCCGUUGUAAUAUAUAUACAAAAUACAGUGAUAUUUUUCUUUCUACGUCUGAUUUUUACAUUUUUUAUGUGGGAUAAAUGGAGAAAUCUUCAUCAGUUUUGUAGCUUGUUAUUCA